AUGGUCCACAAAGCGCCAGCCGCUUUUGGCCUCACGUCCAUUCUGCUGAAGCAAGGACUCUCGAAACGCUCAGCACGUGGCCAUCUAGUCCUGUUCAGCCUAGCAGCACCGGCCGGAGCGAUCAUCACGUAUAUCAUAGCGAAUGUGCUAGGAGGCAUCACGUCUAGCACGGUCGAAGGUACGACGUUUUGGACCGGCAUGCUACUUUUAUUUUCUGGCGGGACAUUCUUGUAUGUGGCGAUGCAUGCCAUGCAGGAGACGUCGAGGAGUCAUCAUGAGUCGAGCAGUCAGGGAGGUGCGAAUGGGUUCGUCGACGGUGGGAGGGAUUCGCAGCAGUCGGAGGAAGAGAAGCCUUCGAUGGUGGAUCUCGGGGCGGCUGUGUUUGGGAUGAUACUGCCGCUGUUCUUGCAGAUAGGGCACGCUCACUGA